CAAAAAGGUCAAACGAUUCCAAAAGAUUGAUCAAAAUAGUGCCAGAGAAAAAGCAACAUAAAAAUGGCCGCAGAAAAUCAAAACAUCAUCUACGCUCCGGCAGAAUCAGCUAUCAAAAUUCAGAAAUGGAAGGUCCGUGAAGGCUACCCGGUUACCUGUGGAAAUAUUAUCCUGUUUUACGAAUACUGCGAUGGUUCCGAAAAGGAUAUCAAACGUUUGAAAGCAACUAAAGCGGGCGUCGUUAAAAAGCGCCUCGCCAGAGAAGGUGAAAUUGUUGAUAAAGGUAAGGCAUUGUUAGAGUUGGAACAAUGCACGCACACAACGGUAAUCAACGAUAUGUGCGCAGAUUGUGGGGCCGAUUUACGGCAAGAUGAUCAAUGUGGUGCUUCGGAGGCUUCUGUUCCGAUGAUACACUCAGUCCCAGAGCUUAAGGUUACAGAAAAAUUGGCUAAAAAACUAGGCAAAGCAGAUACCGAACGUCUACUGCGUGACAGAAAGUUAGUGCUGCUGGUCGAUCUAGAUCAAACGUUGAUUCACACAACGAACGACAAUGUUCCGAACAAUUUGAAGGAUGUCUAUCACUUUCAAUUAUACGGUCCCAAUUCGCCUUGGUACCAUACAAGACUAAGACCGGGUGCUUUGCAGUUCUUGGAUAAAAUGCAUCCACAUUUCGAGCUUCAUAUUUGCACGUUCGGAGCUCGCAAUUACGCUCACAUGAUAGCCCAAUUUUUAGACGAAGAUCGUAAGUUGUUUUCUCACAGAAUUCUAUCGCGCGAUGAAUGCUUCAAUGCAACCAGCAAAACCGAUAAUUUGAAGGCUCUUUUCCCGUGUGGAGACUCUAUGGUGUGUAUUAUAGAUGACCGAGAGGAUGUAUGGAAUAUGGCGGCCAAUUUGAUUCAGGUAAAGCCCUAUCACUUUUUUCAACAUACGGGCGACAUUAAUGCUCCGCCUGGACUGUCGAAAAACGAACUGGAUGGAAAAGGAGUUGAUUUUAAAGAUCUCAUCAGCCAGUUUCCGAAAGACAGUAAAAAUGAAAGCAGCCGACCACCGACACCAAAAAUUGAAACCGAUGAUGUUAAGGAUGAGGGUGAACUACCGCACGAGGAAGAGAAAGCGUCUCCAAUAGACGAGCCUUCACCUACUGAAGGACAGAAACAAAAACCGCCUGAGGAGCCCGACAUACACAAAACACCAGCUGAAAAAACAGAAAUUAAUCCAUUAGAAGAGGAUGCAUCGCCGAGCGAAGAUGAGCCAACGCAGAUGGAUAGUUCUAGAAAGAAUACCAAACUAAUAGAAAUAGAAGAUCCAGACGAUUAUUUGUUGUAUUUGGAACACAUAUUGCUAAAAAUUCAUCAGACGUUCUACGAGGUGUAUGACAAAACAAGAAAGAUAUCAGACCUGAAAAAGCUCAUCCCUCAGGUAAAGUCACAAGUGCUGAUAGGCAGCAAGCUAGUUUUCUCCGGUUUGGUACCAAAUAGUAUGAAGCUUGAAGAGAGCAAAGCGUACAAAAUAGCGCGUAGUUUAGGUGCGGUAGUAACGCAAGAUUUCAAACCAGACACGACACACCUAGUUGCAGUCACUUUUGGAACUUCAAAAGUGCAUAACGCACGCAAAAAUCCUAGAAUUAAAAUGGUUGCUCCGGAAUGGCUGUGGACCUGUGCCGAACGUUGGGAGCACGUAGAGGAGCUAUUGUUUCCGCUAAGGCCCUCCAAACCGUCCAAGAUGCGACAACCACCUGCCCAUUGUCAUAGUCCUGAGCAUGUAAUCAACUACGGUGAAAACAAAAACGCCGGCGGACCGUCGGGAAAAUCAUCGCAACCGCCAAAGUUUAUCGAUACUAUAAACCCGCUGUUGAGUUUUUCAAACGACGAUUUAAAUGCGAUGAACGACGAUUUCGAUGACUUCUUCGAGUCGGAUGAUAGCUCCAGUGAUGACGAACCAGUAGACAUUGAAAAUCCGCCCAUGAACAAAUCUUUGCGGAAACGGAAACGAAAAGAGGAGAAAGAAAAUCGUCAUAACAUCUUUCAACAGCGGAACAACCCAGAGGAAGAUGAAUCGAGCAGAACUUUAAUAAGGUAUGACGAUGAUAACAGCCAGACGAAUUUGAGUUCGGAGGAUGAGGAUGAAAGCCCAAGCGCAAAGUUCAGGAGGGGUGGUGAUUUACCGUCUGAUUUGGAUAUGGGCUCUAACAGUGAGGGCAGCGAAGAUCCGAUAGAUGACGUAGAUGAUGGUGACUGGAAUAUGAUGGGUGCAGCACUGGAACGCGAGUUUCUCGGUUUAGAUGAGUAAGAUUUUUCUUAGCUCAUUAAAAGACUUGUGGAAGCAGUACAAAUUUGAACAGUGACCUCUUCACGGUUUCCUCAUCUUGUCUUGUUUGUUUUAAACGUUCUCUUGUUACAAAAAAAGUUGUAUAAAGUGAUUCAUUGCUAGUGCUUAAGCUUUAA